AUGUCAAUCGACGGCAGUCGCGUUGGGAUCGCGAUCGCCGUCGGUGGAUUUGUUUGUUCGUCUUUGCCGCACGUCAUACUGGGGAUUUCUGGUGGGUUUUCGGCGGGCUUAGCGGGCAUUCUUUUGAAGAGCGGGGCUCAGGAGAUAGUGGACCCUGAAAUGCGAAAAUGGUCCACUAAAACCCAUGUCUUUGUGCGGACUCAAUACAUGAUUGGUGAAAAAAAGCAGUCCACUUUACUCAGAACGACGGGGGCAGUCCUCUUCAGAACCAAAGCGAACCACAAGAGUGGACUUAUGACGAAUGCCAAGCGCCCCACCUCUUAUCCGCUGUCGGGUUCGGUUCCACCGGUGGGCGCCGGAAAGGAAGGGAGAAUGGAUGCCUCGACGACCUCGUUGGACAAUUCAACUCGGUUGACUAGUACGGGCAAUGAUCGUGGCGAGCCACAGCAAGCAGCCAGGCUUACAAACCUAAGCCGGUGCUUUUUACACUGCCUGGCAACCACAUGGUCUGCACUCUGGAUCGGUAUCGUGAGCUUCGAGCUUGGUGGUUUGGCAAACGGUCCUAUCUCGCAAAUCGUGAACAAUCGGGAGUUUAGAGCCCGAUGCGUGGAUUCUGCUUCCGGAAUCGAGGGCAUGCCAACCCGACCGCGUCUCGUCAAGCGAGAUGCACUCAAGGAGGCAGGACGCCGCAGUCAGGAACCUCAACAUCCAAAAUCCAAUGGUGGGGCAGGCUUACGGUUCGGCGGGACUUGCGAAUAUUCUGUUCAACGAAUCCAGUUUAGUCCCGGCUUCAUUCACAAUGAUCAUCGAUCUCUAGGAACCCAAGAAGGGUUGCUGCUGGGUCCGUUACGCAAACGGGCCGUAGCCGCGAGGACCGUCAUUGUCCGUGGAUACUGGCGACUUACAAAUGAACACCCCGGUCAACAAGGAGACAAGCCACACCCGACACAUGCCUGCCAUUUGCGACCUCCCUCAACCUACCAGAACCGUCACUUAUUCGUGCAGACCCACUCAAUAUGGACGAUCAACCCCAAUACUUGCCAUUUCUUGUUCAAGCAAUGGGACCGGGGUGUUGUUCACUUGCACUUGGCCCUCUCCGUAUCUUGCACAGUACACCAGAGAAAGCGCAGAGAGAACAAGUGA